GAGCUUGCCCCUGCUGCUGAACAUCUUUCACAUCAAAGCUAAGUUAUCAUAAUACAAACAGCAGAGCGGGACGAGUCUAAGAUGGGUUUACUGACGAUUCUGAAGAAGCUGAAGCAGAAGGAGCGAGAGAUGCGGCUCCUGAUAUUAGGUCUGGACAACGCGGGGAAAACCACCAUCCUGAAGAAGUUCAACGGCGAGGACGUGAGCACCAUCUCCCCCACGCUGGGCUUCAACAUCAAGACACUGGAGCACCGAGGGUUCAAACUGAAUUUCUGGGAUGUAGGAGGUCAGAAGUCGCUGCGUUCCUACUGGAGGAACUACUUUGAGAGCACAGACGGGCUGCUGUGGGUGGUGGACAGCGCCGACAGACUCAGACUGCAGGACUGCGGACAGGAGCUCAGUAAACUGCUAAAGGAAGAGAGGUUAGCUGGUGCAACACUGCUGAUAUUUGCCAACAAACAGGAUUUACCUGGAGCUCUGACUAAAGAGGCGAUUCAAGAGGCUCUGGCUCUGGACGAGAUUAAAAGCCAUCACUGGUGCAUCGUUAGUUGCAGCGCUGUGACAGGAGAGAACCUGUUAACUGGAGUGGACUGGCUGUUAGACGAUAUCGCCGCGAGGAUCUUCACUGCCGACUAAUGUGUGUUUAUAAACCAGGGACACAAGUAAAACACAGCGGCCUCCUGCGUUCGGUGAUGUCUGACAUGACUCCAGACUCUCAAAUCGAACAAAUGAUCUAGAUAUACAGACACCUGGAGGAAAUGUAUUAUAUAAUUUAAGCAAUGUAAUGACACAUUUAUACUAAGUUGGUGCCUCACAUGUUAUCUACACAAUAAAAGGUAACUCAUG